AAGAUUUUCCAAACAAAUUGUUUCUCGAAGAAAAUUAAAAAAAAAUUCUCAAUUAAAUCAAUAUACUGCAAAAAUGUGAUGAACCAGAAAUGCAAUAAUGUAAAUAUGCACAGAUGUUGAGCAAUCCAUCCAGUGAACAACCAAAAGUGGAAAAUAAGUUAAAUAACCUCAUCAAACAUGGAACUCCAACCUACUGAAGCUGGAAGCUCUUUCACAAUUCCAUUUGGCAAGAAGUCUAAGGGUUCACAUGUAGAAGAUGAGGAUGACAAUCCUUUAGAAGCCAUGUAUGUGCCAGUUAGGGUCCUUGGCCAUGGAGCCUUUGGGGAGGCAGUACUUUAUAGGAAAACAGAGGAUAACUCCCUUGUUGUUUGGAAGGAGGUUGACUUGGGACGUUUGAGCGACAAAGAGAGGAGAGACUCCCAGAAUGAGAUAGACAUUCUUGCUCUGUUGAAUCACACCAACAUAGUGACGUAUUACAAUCACUUCAUGGAUGGGCAGACAUUACUCAUUGAGAUGGAAUAUGCAAAUGGUGGCAGUAUGUACCAUAAGAUAUUCCUACAACCCGAGGGGGAACUAUUCAAGGAAGAGUUGAUUAUCUGGUAUAUAUUUCAAGUACUAUCAGCAGUAGAAUAUAUCCAUGAGUACAGCAUUUUACACAGGGAUAUAAAAACCCUGAAUAUAUUUCUCACAAAAUCUGGGCUUUGUAAGAUGGGUGACUUUGGAAUCUCUAAGGUGCUAGACACCAGGAGUCAGAUGGCAGAGUCAGUUGUAGGAACACCAUACUACAUGUCUCCAGAACUCAUCAAAGGACAGCAAUACAACUCUAAAAGUGAUAUGUGGGCAUGUGGCUGUGUGUUAUAUGAACUUCUAACUCUCGAAAGAGUUUUCAAUGCAACUAACUUGUUAAAGAUGGCGAACAACAUUGUGCGUGUUGAACAUGCUGAGAUAGAUGGAAGAUACUCUUCUGAGAUGAAAAAAUUGUGUGAUGAUCUCCUGUCAAAGGAGGCAGAUAAACGUCCCGAGGCUGCUGAAUGUUUAAAGUACCCACUAUUUGUGGAUAGAAAUAAAAUGGAGAAGAAAGUGUGGGAGUUAAACUCAGCGACUCGUCGUGCCAGGAUGUCUGCGUCUUCAACCUCUGAACUCUUUAUACAACCUGUCAUUACAUCUCAGAGUAGUGAGGUGUUCCAGUGGGGUGGUGGCAAGCAGUACCCGCAGAAGUUGAGUUUGUUUGAGAAGAACAACUGUGCACUACAAGUGGCUACUGGACAUAGUCAUUUUGCUGUCAUCACAGUUGAGAAAGAACUCUAUACAUGGGCUAGUGCGCAGACAGGAGGUACCCUUUGUGGCCAGCUAGGGCAUGGAGAUACAGCCCACUACAAGGUACCUAAGAAAGUGCAAGAGUUAGAGGGGAUACCUAUAAAGCAGGUAUCAUGUGGGGAAGAACACUCAGCCUGCAUCACAGAUGAGGGUAUGAUGUACACAUUUGGUUCUAACUAUUAUGGUUGCCUUGGAGUAGAAGAGGCGGAUGAGGAAGUCCUACUACCUUUACAGGUUCCUUUCUUUGCUGAGAACCCUGUAGAGAUGGUAUCUUGUGGCCAGUCUCAUGUUGUAGCAUUGACCAGGGACAAUCAAGUCUAUACUUGGGGAUGUGGAGAAUUUGGUCGCUUAGGGCAUGGAGAUGAAGAUGACCGCAUGGAACCAACUAAAGUCGACUUCAAGGGAAAGAGAAAAAUCCGGUUUGUUGAAGCUGGUAUAGAUGGCACUUUUGUUGUGACCACAGGAGGACGAGUGAUGGCCUGCGGGAGCAAUGAACAUAACAAGCUUGGCUUUAACAGUAUAGCUGAUGGUCUGAGAAAUAAAAGACAAGUGAAGGUCUCCUAUGACAUUCCACAUUUGAAGACGUUCAGCACUGUGAAAACUCUCAGCAGAUAUAACAUAGUAACAGUGGCAUCUGGCAAUACACAUUCUGCAGCAAUAGACAUGUAUGGCCAGUUGAUAACAUUUGGAAGUAACAAGUAUGGCCAGUUAGGUGUGGGGGACUUCAAGACAAGACCAGGGGUUAACCUGGUAUUAGGCCUCCUCACAGGACAAAGAGUGAAAAAAGUCAGCUGUGGAGAUGGUUUCACUGUUGUUUCUACAUCAGCUAAUCAGAUUUAUUCAUUUGGUAAUAAUGAAAAUGGGAGAUUGGGCUUUGCGUUAAGUGACCAAGGACGUGGACCAAAUGGAAAGAGUUUCGCUAAACCUAAGCCCAUCUUUGGAUCUCUGCACUUUGUUCCUGAUCUGGCUUGUAAACAUUGGAAUACACUCAUAGUGGCAGAACAAGUUUUGAAUCAGAAAACCAUAAGAUCUCCAAACACAAGUGGGAGUGGAGGAAAGUUAUGUAGUCUCUCAGAAGAUGAUAUGUCAGUGUUUGAAAGUGACGGUGAGAUUGUGUCACCACGCAAUAAAUCCAGUGAUUCAGGAGUUGCCACGGCAACUGAUCGCAGUGAAAUACCACCGUGGUUACAAGCAGAGUUAGAUGAAGCAGCAGAAAUAGAACUUGCGAAUUCUCCUCGGCCUGAUGACCCAAUCUCCUCUACUAAGAAAGAUGACCAAGAGAAUAGUGAAGACCACCUCACCUCAGCACAAAAAGACAUCGAACAAAAGAAAGAUGUUGUUGAAGGAAAGGUGAAGGUUGAUCCAGGAAACAUAGAUAACAUUGACAUCAAUGCCAUCUCUAGAAUCACAAUUGAGAAUAGUGAGGAUAUCCUUGAAAAUGAUAACAAUAACACAAUUGAGAAAGAGGGAAAAGCUCUAAAUGAUAUAGAUGAUGUUGAUGCAAAUGAUACUGCUGAGGUGAAUGCACUGGUAAAUGAGCUAAAGAACAAGAUUAUGAUGCUAGAAGAAGAAAACCUACAGCUGAAAAAUGUGGUUGAAACUCAAGCUAAGCGUAUAGAAGCUUUGGAGGCAGUUGGGAAAUAAGUAUAGUAAAAGAAGUAACAAGAAACAGUAUAUUACAGAGUAUUUUAUUUAGUCCAAAGAGCAGGUCUCUUGUAUCUCACUGUGAUAAUCUUAUUGAAAUGAUCUCUAAUAGCAUGUCCAGUAAAUUGUAGAGGUAGAUUGAACCAUGUUCAGCACCUUGUAUGUUUAAUUACAAAUGGCUUUAGUUGACACUUCAGGUUUCUGUAGUUCUUGCCUCCUUGGGUCAAAUUGAACCAACAUACUUUCCUACCACAGGUCAACAUCAAUGGCUCAAUGGGUUAAAUCAGCCUAAAUUGACCUUGACCCCACCUGUAGUAAAGCAGUAAUUGAUUUAUCCGACUGAAUUGUCUGAUAUACUAGAUUGAUAAUUAGAUAUUAUAUUUAUUUAAAUUUAUUAGAAUUUAUUUAUAUUUAAACAUUUCGAGUGUUAGGAGGAUAUCCUACCAAGCUGAAGGUAUGAAACAGCAUUAUAUUACAAAAUAAGCCAUGCUGAACUGAAUAGAGAUAUUAUAAUGAGUUGAAUGUGUAAAAACAAUUUGGCAUGCUUUAAAAUGUGACUGGACAAUGUGACAUAUUUCUCUAAAGUGUGACUGAACAAUCUGGCAUAUUGCUUUAAAGUGUGACUGG